AUGUGCUUCGGUGGUUUCUGCUUCGAUCGAGCACUUUGUUCAUCGCUGAUCCAGCGAUUGAAGAAGAAUAUCGAGCAGUUGGAAAGCGAUUGUUUUUCUCUUAUCGGGCACCAAUUCAACCUGGACAGCUCCAAACAAGUUUCAGAGGUGCUUUUCUCUCGCCUCAAACUCGCUUGUCCGGGUGGCUCUUCGACCAAGAAACACCUCUCCACCAGUAAAGCGAUUCUCGAGCAGAUGGAGAAGCAACACCCAAUAGUCUCGAACAUUCUGCGGUACCGUCGCUUGAAGCACGCUUUAACGGUAAUAAAUAGUUUUGAGCAAGGCGAUGUUUUCACUGUGCUAGUUCUGGGUGCUUAUAAGAUUUAUCUCAGUACAGGGUAA